CAGACCGCAAAAGUGGAGAAUAUUUUCAUCACCAAGGAGUUUUUCAGACUCAACGGACUUGGCAUUCCAAGUGUGAAUCCGUUGGUCGAAGAGAUGGUUCGAAGGAGGGGCCGAGGCCGCCUCUCGCGAGACUUCCUUGAUCCAAGGAACGGAAGGCCAUGGGAAAGGGGCGUCAGGUCGAACAAAAAUAAACUUAUCACUCCACUUGGGGAGGUUAGAAAUGUCGUUGAUGAAAUGGGCGCCAUUACGGCUUUUCAGGUAAAGGCCUCGACCUUGCUUCGAAGGGCCAUAGCAAUAGUGGAAGAAAUCCAGAUCGAAUCGACCCAAACGGACCUGACAAAGAAUAAUGAAAACGUUCAUGAAACGGAUAGCAUUAGGGGGAAGUUGGUGCAGGGGAAGAGAGAACCACUCGCAAAUGCGAAAGAGGUAGAAGAUGGGCGCUUGGAAGGUUUUUUGGUCGAGGACCGAUUGGGCGGAGAAUUUGAAGAGGGAGGAGCAGUGGGCUGCGAAGAAAUAACCUCGUCCUCCUCUGGCUCGUCUAACGCACCAAGAGCAGGUCGACGGCGGCGGAGAGGAAGAUUAUCCAUGGUAUCCCCGGAGUUUGGAGAAGCGACGCGGGCUGUGAAAACACGGGUAGGAACUGUGUCACCGGGGCGAAGGAUAGAGAGGGGGACAGCUUCGAGCGCAGAGGGCAGUAUUUCAGCCGAAUCAGAGGAGGUCUCAGAGUCUGAAAAGAAAAUCAAAACAAAGACAAAGAGAACAAUAUCAAGAAGAAGCCGCCACAAGGAAGAAACAGGGGGAAGAAAGAUUAGGGUUUUGGGAGAGAGCAAUCCCAAAACCAGAGGAAAAAUCUGGGAG